ACCUGGGCGAAGUUUCUGAACACAGCCCUGAAUGCAUAUAGUAAUUUCUUUGUGAGCAUGUGAUUGAACGGGGCAUUAUUUAUCUUCAGUAUGGCAUAUUUUCGAUCCAGAUUCCAAAUUAUCGGUUUAUUCUCGUUAAACAAAAAUAAAUAUAACCUCUUUUCGUGGCAACAAUCAUGGCAUCAUGCCAAGUCGUCUGUCUGUUUAAAGAAAAAUAUUAACGAAGAUUGUAACAAGAAAUUGAUAUCAACUUUGUCAAAGAGACCUGAGUGUUAUGGAUUGAAGAAAAAAAUAUGCAUCCGAAAAGCAUCGUCGACACAGAAAAAGAGGAUCGUGAAACGGAAGUUGUCUCUUUGGCAAUAUGUGUUUGGUCCUAAGAAAUCCUCCGAGAAUCCCAGUACGAGCCAGCUGCCUAAUUCUCAAGAACAAACGAGUUGUAAGGAUUUGCGUUGUAAGAGGUCCACGGAUAAACCAGUAUACACUGAUCUGAACAAAUUGUCGAAAGACUCGAAAAGAUUCACAGAACCACAGCCUAAGCCACCACCACCGUACAAAUUGCCCAGAGCUGUUUUGCUGAGCAGGGCAAUGGUGGAAGGUUUUUCAAAGAAAGGUGAUGCUUGCGAAGGCAAGAAGGUGAUACCUACAACACCCAGAAAACCUUAUGAAGAAAUGAAGCCGGCUUCAAGUAUCAAAAGAAUCGAGCAUCGAAAGAACGUUAGAUUGGAAGAUAUUAAAUAUGACAAAUCGACAUUUCGGAAAUCAUUAACUUCGACGGAAGCUCGCGAUGCUACGGCAAAAAUAUUGCGUCAGGCGAUGGCACAGGAAGAGCCGCGGAUGCACUCGAAGAGCGAGCAACUCAAAAUCUUAUUGAUAGUGGAUGAGAAAAUGACUAAAUCCCCUCCAUGUGCGUCACGAAUUGAUUCGGAGCGUAAAAAUUCGGGACAAUAAGUUAUUUAAAUAUUAGUAUUUAAAUAUUAAGUACUGUAUUUAUAGCUAUAUGACGGUAAUAAAUGCUUUCGCAAAAGA